GGUGGCACAUACUGUGUGUGGCUUUUGUCCUGUGCCCCAGAGUCAGAUCCCCAGCAGAGUAGAGGGAGUGGGUAGGGUGAAGGGCAGAGACAUCAGUUAGGGGCCUUGUGACAGUCUGGGCUGGGGGCAAGUGCCCGUCUGAGCCCAGAGGGAUGGCUGUGUGGAUCCACAUAAGAGUCAGAAUUGAUAUCUUGGAGAAUGUGACCUAGAUUGGUUCCCUGACAUCUGACAUCUUUCGCGGGAGAGUGGGUUGUUUCAUGUUCCAUAAUUAAGUUUCUGCCAAAGGUACGUAAAUAUUAAAAUUUCCCUGAAGAUCUCAAAUGACCAAAAUAAAGAGUUGAAAGUUUAUUCUAAGAGAGGGUUAACGUUUGUCUAUUUCUUUAGAUCAUAGUGAGUAAAGUUUUGUUUUGUUUAUUUGCCUUCGAACCAAGUCAUAAAAAUUAAUAGUUUUAAACAUUUUAAAAUUCAAAAUAAGAAGAGUUUUCUUUAGUUCCACUGGAGAAUUGUAUACAUACUUACCGCUUGGACCACUUUCCUCAAUGCACAGAAUGGCAGUGAGACCAGCAGAGCAUCUUUUGGUUCCAGGUCGAAGUAUCUGGCCUGUCUGAGCCACCGCGACAUGAAGGACGCCCUCUAAUUGUGCCUUGCGUCUGAGGUGCACUGCCACCUUCGCAGAGAGGGCCCCCAGGUCUUACCUCCCCCAUCUGAGAAGCAGUUCACUGCAUGUGACCAUCGACCCGUCUCACAGAUGGAGACACAAGCUCCUGCCUGGGGACAUGCAGCAAGUUAACCAUUUAUGCAACACUUGCAAAGUGAAAAAGAAAGCAAAUAAUAGAAGAGGUAGUAGGUUAACAUGGCAGAAGUUAUGACGGUGGGAUGGGAAUGACGGCAGCUUGGGAGGAAGUUGCUCUAAUCCCACAGGGACAGAAAGGUGGAGAUUAGAAUCGGCCCAGCGUUCCUGCAGAGACUGGCCCUCGAGAGGGCAGGACGGGCAGCUUGGAGGCCAGCGGAGAGUUACGUUGCCCUGAGGCUCCUCACUUCUCUUUGUGGCUCUAGUUUUCUCACCUCUGAAGUGAGAGCUGAGUAACUGUGGUUAUCUCAUUUAUCCCAGCACCUGCAUGGCGUACGGAAGCUCUGUACUCUACUGGUGCUGUAGACGGUUGCUUAAUCCCGCGUGGCGGAAUACUGGGGAGAUAUGUACAGACACCCACAUCCAUGUGCGUGCACGCACACACACAUUCCUGUGACAGUUCUUCAGCGCCUCCCUCGUUUGGAAGUGGGAGUGCAGCUGCCCCGUGAAAUGGUAUUCCUGCGCCUGGCGGUGACAGUGGCCUGUCCCAGUGGGUUGGACUCAACAGCCUCCCUGUUGUAGCCUGCCAUUAACAAGCAAUGUUCCCUUACAGGUUAGCAAUCCGAAGCAAUGGGCGACUGGAGCUUUCUGGGGAAACUGUUAGAGAAUGCGCAAGAGCACUCCACGGUCAUCGGCAAGGUUUGGCUGACAGUGCUGUUCAUCUUCAGAAUCCUGGUGCUGGGAGCCGCGGCGGAGGAGGUGUGGGGAGACGAGCAGUCAGACUUCACCUGUAACACACAGCAGCCAGGCUGCGAGAACGUCUGCUACGACAGAGCCUUUCCCAUCUCCCACGUCCGCUUCUGGGUGCUGCAGAUCAUCUUCGUGUCCACACCCACCCUCAUCUACCUGGGGCACGUGCUGCACCUUGUGCGCAUGGAAGAGAAGAAGAAGGAGAGGGAGGAAGAGCCACUGAAGGGAGACAACCUGCACCACGAGCCGGCUGGGCCGUGUGGGCUGAGCAGCGACAGCCAGGAUACGCCCCCGGUGCGGGAUGACCGGGGCAAGGUCAGAAUCGCUGGGGCCCUGCUUCGGACCUAUGUCUUCAACAUCAUCUUUAAGACGCUGUUUGAAGUGGGCUUCAUCGCCGGACAGUACUUUCUGUAUGGCUUUCAGCUGAAGCCACUCUACCGCUGUGACCGGUGGCCUUGCCCCAACACGGUGGACUGCUUUAUCUCCAGGCCCACGGAGAAGACCAUAUUCAUCAUCUUCAUGCUGGCAGUCGCCUGCUUGUCACUCUUACUCAACAUGCUGGAGAUCUACCACCUGGGCUGGAAGAAGUUUAAACAGGGAAUGACCAACCACUAUAGCCCAGACACCCCUGGAACCGGGAUGGGGGCCACAAAGCCGGAGGGUGUGACCCCACUCCACGUCCCCUCCAACUCUGCCCCUGCCACCAUUACCAUUGGAUUCCCGCCUUACUACACUCACUCUGCCUCUUCCCUGGGACAGGCGAUGGCCACGGGCUAUCCCGGGGCCCCUCCACCACCAACAGACUUCAAAAUGGUAGCCCUGUCUGAGGCACACAGGAAUGGCCACCCUGCCAAUUUCUGCAAUGGCAACCACCACCUGCUAAUGACAGAGCAGAACUGGGCCAACCAGGAGGCCGAGCAGCAGAGGUCUGUGAGGAAGGCCUCCCUGCCGGCGUCCACUUCUGCAUCUCUGACCCCUCCAGGCAGCCCCCAGCAGCUCCCUCAGUUGGGUGGAGCAGGAAGCAAAGCGCCUGCCCUGUUGGCGAAUGGCAAUGGCAGCCCCUUGGGAGAGAGUAAAUUGGAAGUGACUCCUGAUGAGGAGGAGUGGGCAGUGACCACCGCGGUGGAGAUGCACGCACCUCCUUUGCCCCCUACAGAUCCUGGACGGUCAAGCAAGGCCAGUAAAUCCAGCGGCAGUCGGGCCAGGCCAGAUGACUUGGCCAUCUAGUGGUGGUCUCUCCAGACAGCUUUAUAAUAACCUUUUUUCUAGCAACCAAAACCAAGGUGUGGUUCACAUCAGCAGGUGGAGAGAGCCUGGAAGUGAGCGAGCUGGAGUCGGAGGGAGGGAGGAGGCCGGGCGAAGAGAGAAGGUUUCUGUGUGUCAGUGCUUGCUGUUCCUAACACUGUGGAGUGGAGUGGGGAGAAUAUCAGUGCUUUCUGAGAGGGGGCGGUGGGGCAAAGCAGGGUGCAGGUGCUGUUGGCUUUUAAAGAUAUUCACAGCAACCCAAGAGCCCAGAAACCUGGGUUGCCUUGGCAGGUGCUGCUAUGGGCCUUGACUGCUGCUGCCUCUGUGGUCGCUGUUGCGUGUGGGAGAGCAGUCGCUGCAUCUCGGGGCAGUUAGGUUUCUAUUCCCAAGCCCUGCAGAGCUCCGGGCGGCCCCGAAAACGGGGGCGCACUCAGCCCUAUCUCUCUGUUUGAUACUUUUUACUUUGAGUUGAAUUUCAUUUGGGAUAUUUGCCAAACUGCACUAAAAAAAGAUUUAGAGCAAGUCUAUCUAGUGUCGUUUGAGUUUCUGAAAUGGCACGCGAAGCCCAGGAUAUCAGACCGCAGGCUUCAUGACAAGUGACAAUGCGCAGCUACCCUCCGGAGGCAGAGAUUCAGCGGGCAAGGGCACAGGGGUUGCUGGGAAGGAAGCAGGUGGAAAUGCAGCAACACGAGAUAAUUUUUAAAUAGCUGAGGAAAUUGAAAUAAAAGUAUGGCAGGUAUGCCUCAGGUAUUUGUUUUUAAAUGAUAGUUUGUGCUUUGAUCUGAAUUGUACAGGUAUUCCUAUUUUUUGACCACUUUCUAUCUUUCAGGAAAAAUGAAAGAAAAACAGUACUGUUAAAAUGCAUACUGACAAAGAGAGGGCUAAUUUGUCCCAUUACAUAGUAGUAAAGAUUUCAACUUUCUUUUCAAAGAAAUUCUUCAAGCUCAUGCAUCAGCUAAUUACUGUGAGAAUGCAUUAUAUAAAAUAAGAGCAGGGAAAAAAUUUAAGUGCACUUCAAAUACUUGACGUUGUGAAGUUUUGAAUGGGAGGUAAAAAGGUAACUAGUGUUGCCAGAAAAAUUAUUUAUACUGAUGAGUCAAUGGCCUACAUUUUUUUUUAACAGUACAAACAGAACUCCUCAAGCUCCCAAACCAUUCUUUGUAGGCAGCUGUUUGCUCUCUCUCGAGUGUAAAUGAAAGUGUCUGGAUUUUCCUCCCGUGAGUGUCUGUGCUGGUGUCAGACGCCGCCCCGUCUGUCUCGGCACGGAUCGCUGUGGGGGAUGUAUGUGCGUGGGUGUGGCUGGAAGACGGCAGCAUUUCCUGUGUGGCACACUCUGCUGUGUCUCCAUCACUUUUUGUUUAUAGGCCAUGAGCAGUGGUAAUGCUGAGCCUGCCAUUGUCACACUUUUCACCUCCAACGUCUACUUAAUAGCGUCAGCCUUUAUUCAGCAAAACACUGUGCACUUUCCAAUUGGAUUCAUUUCUUUUUAUGAAUUUGAUUAUUUAUUUGGGGCCACACUCCACAGCAUACUUUGUAUUUUAUAUUGUAAAGAGUGACCCACAAACAAUCUGUUAAAAAGACCUCGCAGUAACGUGUGCAGCUGAUUCAUCAGUGCCUUAUGCUCGAUGGAGAACGGACUGGACCAUCUCCUCGAGGUAAAGCAUGCUAACGUCCCAAACAUGUCUUUGCAGCCUUUCUCAAACAGAUUGACAGAGGGAGAAUUGAGCCCUAUGGAAAAUUAUUGGAGUGACGAUUUUCUUGAUUCUCCCUAGGCUAGUGCCUAACUAUGCCACUCUGAAUGCACAGGAGAGAAGUUAAUUCAUCACAUACAGUGGAUGCCUUUGUCUUCGGGCGGCAGGGUUUGUUCUCCUGGGUGAGAAGGGCCACUAGAAAGUCCUGAUGUGAAAAGCAUUCUGAUAGAAAAGCUUUGGUCCUUUUAGAAAAUGCAGGUGCCGCUGUCAGACAGCAAAGGUACAUACAACUCACUGAGUGGGUGUGAAUCCUUAGUUCUUUAGGUUCUAUCAUGAUAAAUGUUAGUAACGGUAAUAAGCUUCUUGUUUACUCAUGAUUUAAUUUUGAGUGGGGUUUGAGAUGAGAGUGAGAACUGUAAUUAUAUUUAGUUUUUACAUUUUAAAAUUGGAUUUUAUUCACCAUAUGUUCAUGAAGAUGCCAGUAUUAUGCAAUUGACCGUAGUCUGUUGGCCCAUUUAGUGCCUGGGUACAAGUGUAAAAUUAGAUCCCCCUACUUGAAAACCAUUAAUUUAUAAAGAAGUAACAUUUUCCAUACAACAGCGCCUAUAGUUUUUUUUCAGGUUGGUGCUCUGAGUUCAACUCCUGUAAAACCUGAAAGCAUGUCUCACAUUAUGUUGCAAUUUGAGGUACUCACGGCCCUGAAGGCCGGCGCCCUGCCCCCUCAUGGGCAUGUGGGCAGUGUGGAAGGUUGCUCUCUAUUUAACCAAUCAUUUUAAGCGUUAAAAUGUGCAAUAAAAAUAGAAAUUGCCUCUUCCUGUGGACAAGAUUCCAGAUAUAUUUUUUCUAGCCUGUUAAUUAUUUGGAAAUUCCACUGAAACUAUUUCUCUCUCAAUUUAAUAGAAAAUUUUUUCAAAUCUCUAAGCUUAUUUUGAAACUCUAAUGCUAUGCCUAUUAUUUUUACACACCUUAUAUUUUAAUCUGCAGUAUACUAGACAAUUAUUUUCUUCCAUCCCUGGUUGUAGAAGCCUAGUCACCCAGCCAACACUGCACGAUCCAUAAAUAGUUAUAAAACGUCAGCAUCGUGCACACCCAGUGCCCAAAUCCAUUUUAAAAAGCUCUAAAACAUUUCUUAUAGAAUCCCUCACUUUCUACUUUUUAAACUUUAUUUUGCUGUGAUUCUUUUUUUCCCCAAGAAAUUGACAAAAAUGAUACUUUAAGUUUAAAAAGAAAAAAGAGAAAGGGCAAAAGAGCAAGGUAGAAUAUUUGUGAUGUGUCCUGGCUUUCUUUGAUCUUUAGGUAGGCGGCUAGAUCAGAGGUUUCUUAUACAAAAAUGCCUAGAGAAGAACUAUGGAGACAAUUUAGACAUCCUUUUAGAAAAUCAACCUAAUGAGAUUUAGGUCUCUUUUCAGUUUAGGCUUUUUUUUUUUUUUUCCUGUUAACACUUUCCUUAAUUCUUUACUGAAUAAAGUUCUUUUUUCUGAAAUUUUUCUUUUAAACUUUUUCUUCUGAUAUUUGUAACAUUCAUUUAUGGAUCUCCACCAAAAUAAAUUCUUAUAGAGUAUUGCAAGCUUUCAAAAGGUAAAUGUUUUUGACAAAGGUCAGUAGAUUCCUGCCACCACCCCCCGUCCCCCCCCUCCCCCGGGAGUUCAGGACAUUCUAAAUAACUUUUAAAUACGACAUGUAGACAUUAAAGUCAAAAAAUGUAUUUCUCUUCCUACUUUUGUAUUACACUGCAAAGCUUAGGUUUACUCACUCUAAGAUUUUUUAUUGCCCAAAGGAUUUGGGUCAUAACGAGACUUUUUACGGUCAGUAGGAAUUUAAAUAACACUAAAGGCAGUGCAGUGUUUCUAGCACUAUAUUUGAAGAUGUUUGGUAUGUCAGUGUUAACUUUGAUCAUAAUCUUUACAAAACUCUGGCUAAAACUUUGUUUUUGUGCUAUAACACUAUCUUUCCUAGACUAAAUUAUAACUGAAAAUAAGUAUUUUAUAAGAUAAGUAAUAAAAAGUGGCCUUAAAUUUAAAUCACUAGUUCUGUAGUUGGUUAUUUUUAUUGAUAGAAUCCUUGAGCAGGUUUUCAAAAGAAGAGUUUUCAUUGUUUUAGAUAUAAUAAGCAAAAACUUCUUUCCUGGAAGAGAAGCUUGCGAGAUUUCUGCAGUGGCUGUUGGGUCUUUUCACAGGUACUUACCAACUUAAAAGUGUCUUCCAGCGCCUUCUAGCAUAGCCACAUCUGGCUACAUGUUCUCCUGAAGAGAUCACAUUGUCAGUGUUCACUUGCUUGUCCUGAGUCCUCCUUCAUCCACGAUACUGCCAAACUCUAAACUGAACUAAAACACACACAGAGAAGGAGUCCGCGACUGCGUGCCCAGCUGGAGGAAUUUGAACACACCUAGGCAGGCAAGACCCAGGGCAAGAAACAGGAUAUUUCUUCAUCCGAAGGACUCCCUCUCUUUUUUCUUUUUUAUGUCACGACUGCCCACGGUUUUUUCUUGCUGUCAAUAUUACUCUAAAAUUAUUCCUUAUGGAAAUAGAGGAGACCUGUGGGAGGCAGAAGGGAGGAAAAUGUAGAAGGAAGCUGGUCACUAAGGUCCGACGAAUACAGCUGUCUGCGUCCUGGCACACUUGGUUAAAAGCCAUCCAAUUGAGUGCUAGUCCUAAAAAGAAGUCAACUUGGCAAGCUCUGAAUAUACCCCAGAAAACUACUAUUGUCCCUGAUCUGGAAUCUUCUUUGAGCCAUUUUAUAAGUUUUCAUUACCUUCUUAGUGGGAAAAACAGAACAGUUUAGUCUUUUAAAUGGUUUAUGGUUUUUAUUGAAUAAGUUCUCAAUAAAUAUGUGCUGAAUAUUGAAUGAAUGAAUAUGAGCCUACCUCAUUAAACUGUGGGAGCCAAACACCUCCAGGCCAUUGGGUCAAAACUGGCAACCUCUGCAAGAACCUCUAAGGUUCUAAUAGGUCUAACAAUUCACUCCAGUAAUAGGCAACAGGCACCAAUGGGCUUACCCUUCCCGGAAAGGCUGGUUGUUGUUUAUCUGUCCGUGUGCAGUAUUCAUGUGUAUGAGAUGCACACAAAAAUGGAUCUGGGCAUGUCCUGCUUCCCUACAGAAUUGCAGGUCAUGUCGUCCAUAAUAUGGGUGGGGGCACCCUCCUCCCCCACCUGAUUAUGACAGACAGCCUCAGAGGGCUUCCAAGGGCUAGAGGUUCCAAAUUGGAACUAGAGACUAUUAUGGGUCAAAGGAAGUGCCCUUCCUUCUAAAUUCCCCUGAAAGUUUAAAGCAAAAAAAAAAAAAAAGACAAAACAGAAAAAAAUAACCAGUCCUUCUCUGGCAUGAUCUCAGAGGAAAUGUAUACAUUUCUACAGUAAGCCUUAAGGAAACUCUUAAUCCCUCCCACAGCCCAUGUGGAUAGGAGGAGUCAGGCAGCCCGGGCAAAGUAGACAGGGUACAAAUGCCACGAAGAGGGAAGCAUGAGGGCACAGCUCCCGUGGAGCCCUCCGGCUCCCGGCCGUGGUGUCUGGCCAUCCCUAACUUGCAGUGUGUGCGGAUUAAAUAAACACACACACUGGGCGGUCCUGUUUCAGAAUAAAGCAGAAUGGUCUCAAAAGCAUCCCUGAGCUAAGAAUUUUCAUUUCCAAAGUCCUCAAAAGUCAUUCAGAAAGCACAUCCUCACCUACAUUUUAGCCUUUAUCGAGUGUGAGUUUGCGAGUGUGUGUGAGUGAAUGUGUGUGUGAGCCUGUGUUUCUCCUCAUUGUACUCUCAUGUUUCUUCUUAAAGUACUUAGCGCCCAACCCAGACAAAACAAGAGGCAGAUGCAAAACCAAAUAUGCUUUCCUGCCAUUUGCAGCAAGGACAGCUGCUGGCUGGGGCUACGGCAGUCGGCAGCGCUGGCCGAGUUCCUGUCGUUCUCUCCCAAAGGUGCUAUGAAAACAGACCUUAGCUCUCCCAGGCUGUCUGUCAGGUGGGGGGGCAGGUGCGAUUAGGGUGUUGCGCCACGUCCCUGGAACAGAACCUGCAGAGAAAAGGCAGCAUGGGAUGGAAAGGAAGAAUUUUUUUUUCUUUUCUUAAAAAGAUCCACCUCUAAUAUAGAUCCAAGCACGAGUUUGAAGGUUUUUCUUACAAUAUUCAAUAUUCACUCGAGGGUUU